AUGGACACUAUCUCCCUCUCCAACUCGGACGACCAGAGCGCGCGCGAGGAUCCGCGGACCCCGAUCGGGGGGCCGCUGCUCGCCCAGACCUACCGGAUGCUUUUUAUCCAGAUGGAGUACUUCCCGCGCGGGACGCUGGCGGAUCUGCUGCGGUCCCGGCAGCGCCUCUGCCGGGGGGAGAACCUGCGGUGGCUGGGGAAUAUCGCCGAGGGGCUUUUGUAUCUCCACAACACCCAAAACGUCGUCCAUCGCGACCUCAAACCGACCAACAUCUUCGUCUCGAAGGAGGCGGGGCUGAAGAUUGGCGACUUCGGCCUCGCGAUGCGGCGGGAUCCGGCGGCCGGCUGCCCCCCUAACCCCCCCGCGAGCCUCGAGCAGUCCAUCGCCGGGGGCAGCCCGCUUUAUUGCAGCCCGGAGCAGAUGAAGGAGGACGGGGUGAACAAAUCCUCGGAUGUCUUCUCCCUCGGCAUCAUCGCCGUCGAGAUGUACUUCGUCUUUAACACCCAGCACGAGCGGAUUCGCGUUCUCACCAACGCCCGCCAGGGCGUCCUGCCGGACGAGCUCACCGCGAACUACCCCGAGGAGGCCCGCCUUUUUGCGGAAAUGCUCAAAGAGAGCCCUUCACAGCGGUCGCCCAUUCGCAAGGUGAUUAAAAUCCUUCGGAAGAUGUUGUACGACGCGGAGACGGAGAGCGAUGGCCUCGACGGCGACUUCGUCAACACCUACGCCUCGCGGAUUCAGGUCGACGCCCUGGACGGCCCGAGUAGUGCCGUUGAAACGUAA